AUGCAGGGAGUCAGUCGGUCGCACUCACCUCUGAGCGCACCUUCCCAACCCGUCUCCUCUAACCCACCCCCGGCCGCUGCGCUCACAACUUCCAAAUUUCCCGUGAUUGUCAAGAUGGGACACGCGUACUCCGGAAUGGGCAAGGUCAAAGUUGACCAUCACUACGACUUUCAGGACAUCGCCAGCGUGGUGGCCCUUACCAACACGUACGCCACCACCGAACCUUUCAUCGAUGCCAAGUAUGACCUUCGCAUCCAGAAAAUUGGCACCAACUACAAGGCCUACAUGAGGACAUCGAUCUCUGGAAAUUGGAAAGCCAACACUGGUUCGGCCAUGUUGGAACAAGUGGCCAUGACCGACAGGUACAGGCUCUGGGCAGACAAAUGCUCUGAGAUGUUUGGAGGGAUUGAGAUUUGCGCCGUGGAGGUGAUUCACGGGAAGGAUGGCCGCGAUUACAUCAUCGAGGUGAUGGACUCAGCAAUGCCUCUGAUCGGUGAGCACCAACAGGAGGAUAAGCAUCUGAUCGCUGACCUGGUCGUGACCAAGAUGAGUCAGAUGAUCCCCCGGACCCCUGUCCCGUCCCCAGUCAGACCCCCCGUGGCCCAGGAACCCCAGAUGCCCCCUCACCCAAUGACAGCUCCGUCUGUCCCUCGCCCUGGGCCAGGGCUCCAGCAGGGACCUGUCCUACAGCAGAGGCCCCCACCUCAAGGGGGACCCCAGCAGGCUCCUGGACACGGGGUUCACCGCCAGGGCCCUCCCUCGCACACCAGGCCUCCUCCCCAGGGCCAGCAGAUCCAGGGCCUGUCCCCUCAGCCCGGCAGUCCCUCCGGCCAACAGAGGGCAGCGGUGAGCCCCACUGCCGCCGUGGGCCCACCCCAGCAGCGUCAGCCCAGCCCCGUGACCCAGAAGGGGCCUCCGCAGCAGCAGCGGCCCGGGGGUCAGGCCUCACCCCAGCACCAACGGCAACCAGGCCCGGGGGCCCAGCAGACGCGACAGGCCUCGCCCGGGGGGGUGCCCCAGCAACAGGCCAAAGGCCCCGGGCCUUCCCCGGGGCAGCCUCACCGCCAGGCCGGGCCCCCUCCCUCUCAGCCGCACGCCCGCCCCCCGGGGCAGCAGGGAGGCCCUCAGCGUCAAGGAGGGCCUGGGCAGCGGGGACCGGGCCCCCACCCCCAGCAGCAGGCCAGGCAGCCGCCUCCCACCACGCAGCAACCUCGCCCGGCAGCCCAGGGUCAGGGCCAAGGCCCGAUGGGCCCGGGCCACCCUCAGGGCCGGCCGCCCGUGCAGCAGAAGCCCCCGACGCUUGCGAAGACUCCACAGCAGGAGGCGCCGGCCCCUCACCCGCAAAUGAACAAAUCCCAGUCUCUGACAAAUGCCUUCAACAUUCCAGACACCCUGCUAACACGUACAACCCUUAGUCACGAUGAAGUCAAGGCUGAAACUGUCCGGAACCUGAGGAAAUCCUUCGCUAGCCUCUUCUCCGACUGA